AUGUUCAAGGAUGCUCAGGAUUUUUCUGUCAAGUGUGAUGUCUAUCAAAGGGCUGGGAACAUCUCCAAAAGGCAUGAGAUGCCUCAGAACCCAAUUUUGGAGGUAGAAGUCUUUGAUUGCUGGAGCAUUGAUUUCAUGGGACCUUUCCCAACAUCAUAUGGUGGAAAGCCCUUAUCACCUCAAACUAGUGGCCAACUGGAGGUUUUCAAUAGACAAAUCAAGGCUAUCUUGGAGAGGACAGUGAACUCAACAAGAAAAGAUUGGUCUAAGAAGUUGGAUGAUGCCUUAUGGGCAUACAGAAAUGCAUUCAAGACACCCAUAGGGACCUCUCCUUUCAAUCUUCUCAUUGGAAAGAGUUUUCACUUGCCUGUGGAACUAGAGUACAAGGCAUUGUGGGCUUUCAAGCUUCUCAACUUUGACAUCAAGACUGCUCAGGAGAAGAGGCUCUUCCAACUUCAUGAGCUUGAUGAGAUUAGGCUUGAUGCCUAUGAAAGUUCAAGGAUCUACAAAGAAAGGACCAAGAGCCUACAUGAUCAGAAGAUUCUGAAGAGAGAUUUCAAGGAAGGGGAUCUGGUGCUGUUGUUUAACUCACGACUCAAACUGUUACCAGGGAAACUUAGAUCAAGGUGGUCAAGCACUUUUAAGAUCAUGCAAGUGAGGAGUUAUGGAGCCAUUGAGCUUAAGGGAAAGAAUGGCAAAGGGUUUGUUGUCAAUGGGCAAAGACUGAAGCCUUAUCUGGUUAAUAAGAUCAAGGAGGGAGCUUCCUCAGUUCCUCUAGAUGAUCUCCCAUCUAAGUAA